CUUUACUUCCUUAUAGCUGUGGCCCAGUAAAAUUCACAAAUGGCAGAUGUACUCCAAGAUCGGGAACGUGAAAAAAAGAGAAGGCGACUACAGGAGGUUUUUAGAGGGCGGUUUACGGAGGAACAGGCUAGAAGGCUUUUAGAAUAUCAUGAAUGGAGUCUAGAACUCACAGUGAACUUCUUAUUUACAGCAAACCAAGAGGAAGUUAGGAGAGUUUCCCAAAGCGACGACGAAGGGUGGCAGAUCGUUUUGAACAACAGGGUUUGGCGGGAGCUUGCCAGACAGGCGCAGAUACCGGAUAUUGACAUUCGACAGUUUGCAUGCCAAAUCUGUAACAGCGUAUGGUGGCGCCGUGUUCCGGGAAGAAAACCUGUUUCUAAAUGUCAUCGAUGUAAGAAAAAAUAUGACGCGAUACCCAGAGAACGGGAAUGGGGUGUAGCACAAUUUGAAUGUGACCAAUGUGGAAAUGUCUUUAUAGGAUUUGGACAAAUGAAUAAUAAUUUUAGCCCUUGUUAUGCUUGUGGAAAUAAAGUUGCACCUGCUAGAAUAUUUCCUAAAAGACGUAGUACUGGAGAAAGCAGAAGGCGAAGUACCCAUUCCUGUUAUGCCCACAACUGCUUUAACAGAGCAGGUGAUGUUCUACCUGGGAUAUGUGUUCAUCCUAGAUCGCAGUGUCCAAAAGUGGUCACACCCAGUGCUGGGUAUAAAACAAUGCACUUAAAAAGUAAUAGUGAAGAAUCUACAUUCCUUACUCAAGAUGACCUGGCAUCAUUUUUAUCAGGCAGCAGUCGUCCAAACCUUUCAGAUAUUGAGGAAGACAAUUAAUAGCACUCAUCUAACUGUAUUUUUCUUUUUGCUUUUAGCAAUUUUUUUUAGGUCAAC